UCAGAUUCAUCAAUCUCUCAAAUCCCUUAUUUGUAAUGGUUGUUCUCUCUCAACUUUCAGAAGGGUCUUCAUCUUCUUCGCCAGCUCAUGACGGUAGAGUUGACGUAUUUUUAAGUUGUAGAGGAUGCGACACUCGUAACAGUUUCACCGCUCACCUCCAUAAGGCGCUCCAAGAUGCUAAUAUCACUGCCUUUUUGGAUGAUGAAGAGAUUGAAAGUGGACGAUGUUUGGAACCGAAGUUGGAGGCUGUAAUCAAAGCAUCCAGGGCUUCUAUUAUCGUCUUGUCUGAAAAUUAUGCUUCUUCGACUUGGUGUCUUGACGAACUUGUGUUGAUUCUCGAACAACAUAGGAACUACGGUUACAUUGUUAUCCCCAUUUUCUAUCAUGUCGAUCCCAGCAGUUUUGAAGAUGCAAUCGCAAAGCAUAAACAGUGGGUGGAGACGGAGAUAACUGCAGACCAAAGAAGUCAAUGGAAUGGAAAAAUAGAGCUAUGGAAGAAAGCACUUUCAGAAAUUGCUGAUUUAAGAGGGAAGGAUGCAAAGGGCCGGAGAGAGACGGUGCUUAUUGAAGAACUUGUCAAGGACAUCUCCCAUCGAUUAGGUUUAGACAUAGCAAGUGAUCUGCCACUGCUUAUCGGCGUGGACUCUUCUAUAAAAUUCAUUACUACAUGGUUGAAAGCCGGAUCCUCAGGUACUGUCGACAUUCUCACUAUUUAUGGUAUCAGUGGGAUUGGGAAGACUUCUUUAGCCACUUAUGUUUAUGGGUUACACCGUCAUGUAUUUGACAAUAGCAGCUUCCUUCAAGAUAUCAGUAGGAGACAUGAAAAAUACAAUGGAAUAGUUGAUUUACAAAAACAGCUUUGUGAGGACCUCUCAAAAAGUCUGAAUCAACGUCAUGAUGUUUCUGUAUGCACCUCCAACAUUGCAAAUACAUUAGCCUCUGAAAAGUUUUUUCUAGUUCUUGAUGACAUUGAUAGUUUCAAGCAGUUGGAUUCGUUACUUGGAAGCAAAGAUUUUUAUCCAGGAAGCAAAGUCAUAAUAACAACCAAAGAGGUGUCUCUAAUAGAGAGUUGUGCACUAUUCAAUAUGAAAGUUUCACCUACGCAUACAAAGCUCUUACUUCAAGGCUUAAAUAUGAGUGACUCGCUAAAGCUUUUAUGUAUACAUGCAUUCAUGUGCAACAAUCCCAAGGAAGGCUAUGAAGACGUAGCAAGAGAGCUUGUGAAGUAUUGUGCUGGACAUCCAUUGACUCUUGAAGUUUUAGGCAAGCUUCUACGUAAUCAAGAUGUAGCUUAUUGGAAAGAGCACAUAAAAAGGCUCAAGGAAGAAAAGGAUUCCCAUAUGAAAAAUAUCUUGAGAAUGAGCUUUGACUCUUUGGAAUACGAAAAUGACAAGAACUUGUUUUUGGAUAUUGCUUGUUUUUUCGUUGGAAAAGAUAGAAAUUACACUGAAACAAUAUUAAAGGGCUGUGGUUUCCACACACUACAUGGGAUCUCAAAUCUCAUUGAAAGAUGUCUUCUCAUGAUCGGACCAAGUAAUGAGUUUACGAUGCACCAGUUGAUUCAAGAGAUGGCUAGAGAUACUAUACGUCAAGAAGCACUUGAUAAGCCAUGGAAGCGUAGUCGAUUAUGGUGUCAUGAGGAGUCAUUCAAAGUGUUGAAACAAAAAAAGGGUAAGGGAACUCUUCUAGGCCUUGCACUUGACAUGAAGAUGCUGGAGAAAGACAAGUUGCAGGGAUCUUUUGAAUUGGAUAUAGAUGCAUUGAGUAAGAUGCAUGAUCUGAUGCUACUACAACUCAAUUAUGUGCAACUCAGCGGCUCUAGGAAGAAUUUUCCAGAAGAAUUAAGAUGGCUGUGUAUGCAUGGGUUUCCUUUAAAGUCGGUACCUUCAGACUUACCAAUGAAGAAUCUGGUUGCUCUUGACAUGUCUUAUAGCACUUUUGAAUCUUUUGACAUGUCUAAUGAUAACCUGCUGCGACUUGGGAAGACGCAAAUGUUAAUUGGAUCGUCCUCAAAAGACAACCGGUUGCUUGGAUCAUUGAAGAUUCUUAAUUUAAGUUCCUGCAAACAACUUCGUAGUGUCGGUGGGUUUUAUGAACUCCCUGCACUUGAGAUGUUAAUACUUGCAAAUUGCAUUGGUUUGAUUGAGAUUUGCGAAUCAAUUGAGCAAUGCGAUGAACUUGCUCUUAUUGAUUUGAGUUAUUGCACUACACUUAAAAAGCUUCCAAGGUGUGGGGUCAACUUAAAGAAGUUUAAAACACUAACACUGGAUGGUUGUAGUCUUGGUGAAGAAUUUCCAAAUGAAGUGAGGAAUACGGAUUUACCUGAAAUGCUCAACUCUGACAACCUUGGCAUAAACUCACAAACCUCUUCCUCUGCCAUUGUGGGUUCUUCACCAACUGAAAUGAGUGAUACGGAUUUACUGGAAAUGCCCAACUCUAACAACCUUGGCGUAAACUCACAAACCUCUUCCUCAGCCAUUGUGGAGACUAGACCAAGAGAUUACAGGUCCCUUGUGAUUUCUUUACCAAGCUCAUUAGUAUACUUGUCGCUUAAAGGUAAUAAUUUAUCCGAUGAAUCCUUCCCCAUGGACUUGAGUAGCCUAUCCAUGUUGAAGGAGUUACAUUUAGAUUGUAAUCCAAUCGUUUCCCUGCCCAUUGGUAUUAGAAGCCUUUCCAGGCUUGAGAAACUUAGUAUGGUAAAAUGUCUCCGGCUUAAGACGUUUGAGCAUCCUCCGCUUACACUAAAACACUUGAAAUUUGAUCAUUGGCAUUCGCUACAGAAAAUUGUAUUUGACCAAGAAAUGUCCCCACUGACAUUUAGUAUGGAUUCACCCUGGCCACCAUAUUCCGGGUUGGUGGUUGAAGGUCUCUUCAAGAUCGAAGCUAUGUCACAUGUUGCAGAAGAGGUAUCACGUAGAUUGGGGUGGAGUAAUUUAGAGUUCAUAAAUAUUCAGCUUGUGGAGACUAAAGAUUUGAUGACAGGAACACAUAAAUCUCAAGUACAGAUGGUUUAUGAAUUUGGGAUAUUUAGCACAUGGUUCAAGGGGAAAGAGAUUCCAAAUUGGAUAAGUGAUAGAAGGUGGGAGGGGUCAUCAAUAUCAUUUACCAUCCCAUCAUCUCCUAACAACCUUAGAGGACUCAAUAUCUGCUUCGCAUUUACAAAUCCAAACGCCGGUUAUUUUGUAGGGGAUUCCUAUCACUUGUUAUUGUCAAGUAUAAGAAUUAGUAAUAUAACAGAGAACCACACUUGGAUAUACAAUCGUUAUAAUUACUCCAUUACCCCUAUUCCUGAGUGUGUAAUAUUGUUAAGCCAUUGGAUGUUGGGGAAGAAUGACAUAAAAGAUGGUGACCAAGUUACUAUUACCGUAAGGGGUUAUGGUACUGGUAGUAUUAUAAGGGAGUGUGGGGUGAGUUUUGUGUAUGAUGAUGAUGAUGAUGAUGAUGAUGGGGAGCAUAAGAUGGAAGAAGAUGUGUUGGAUUAUUACAAGUCAUGGAAUCAUAUCAUUGGUGGAGAUCUCUCUGCCUUUCUAACAACAAGAGGAGAAUAUCUCCUAGACGUCACACGGUUUUUUGGGUGGACAAGCCUUUAUUGCCCCUUCUUUGAAGAUCACUGCUAUUACGAAGAAAAGCAUCCUACCUUUAGAGCUUUCUCCCCAAGGAAGUCCAACGUCUUUGUUAAGGACAUAACGGAAUAGAAACAUUGGAUGCUUGGAAACUGAAUCCUGCUUCGGAAUGAUGUGAUGUGGUAUGGAUAUUUGUCAAAACUGUUUAUGUGCAUUCAUACAAAGCUCUCAUCCAUACAACGUACUCCUAGUGGUAAAUCGUUAAUGCUUGAGCAGUUGUCGCCAUUCUUGCACUUGAAACCUCCAUAUAUGUAUGCAAGAUGCUUAAAUGGCAUAUCACAAUAUAAAGUUAUGCUCCCUCUGAUAGCUUUCAUAUCUUGUUAUAUUCUUAUUAAAGAGGAGGUUGAGCCAUUUAAUUUGUCAAGAGUCCAAAAUUACCAAGACAACUUUUUCUG